GUCUGCAGGUGAUACGAACACACUCAUUCAAAACAUCACUUGUGAUUAAAAUAUACACAAACAUUACUGUUGCUUGGACACAACGAGACAAUCUGUUCACCUUCAAAUCCAAACUUCAGUAAAGUUAGUUUAGCAUGCAGCUAGCUCACCUGUCGUCUGCCCAAGAGUAACGUCGGAACCAUGAGUUCACCCGAGCAGCAGGAGCAGCCCUGGAUUACAGUUGGUCCACGGCGUGUCAAGGCUAAAAAAACAAAACCAUCUGGUUCUCCUAGAGGAGCACACAAUGCAUCUGAUGUUGAAGAACAGAUGGCUCAUCGAGCACAGCUAAAUGUUUUAGCCCGUAGAAAGAUGGCACGACUCUUUCAGCAAUACAGGAGGGCAAAACGGACUUCUAAUAGACAUGAUGUCAUCGUAACCUCAGAGCCUGCAUCAGAAGAAGAGAUGAUCUCCCUCACUUCACAUGAAAAAAAGAAAGUGGUGCCAAUAACAGUGAAGAAUAACGGUGCCAUAGCUGUUGAUUUCAGACUCCAGGCUUCUGACUUGGUCAAGAACAUUUUCACCAUCAAAGACGGUCAUGGAAACAAUUUCAACUCCGUCCAGAAACACACUCUUGGACCAGGAGAGUCUUUUCAAAUCAGAGUCCAUUUCUCCUCCAGCCAUGCAGGUUUCUACGAACAGUUGCUGGUUUUUAAGUUUGAAACACAGCAGCCCUCGUCAGAAAUGUUUGAGAUUAUGCGCCUCUUGGAAAUCACAUAUUUGACAUCUGUUACUGAAGAGCCUCAACCAACAACAGACAGGGAGCCAGUGUGUGAACAACAGACUGAGGAUCCGGGAGAUGAAAGAAUUUCUUGUACAAUAUUGCUUAAGAUCGUGAGGUCUUUGAAGAAGUAUGGGAUGCCUCAAAAUAUAGGAGACUUAACAAUUGCUGAAAGGACCCUUGAGACAGGUCUGAACUGGGGGAACUACUUCAGUAGGUUUCAGGUGUUACUGCAUCUUGAAGAGCUCCAGGAGCAGUCUGUAGUCAACAAAUACACACAGAAGUCUGCGACCUUGUUUGAACACAGAGACCUUUUUGGCCUUCAGAUCCCUGAUCUCUCCAAGAGCUCAUCAAUGGAACUGUCUGGGUGCAACGUACUGGUGACUCUUUUUAGGCAGCCAGGAGUAUUUUUUACAAUAUGUUACAAAGGCUGGGUCCAAUAUGUGAAAGAAGAGCAGGUCUUCCUUUUUCUUAUGGAAAGGCCAGCAAACCUUGAGGACUUCAAAUAUCGCGUACAGUUCAUCAUCAACCGUAUACCACUGCGUGUCCAGCACCGAGCAGCAUCACUGGUGACCACGUUUAAGCUGCGAGAGCUGCUGUUCCCUACAGGCAAAUUUUCUGCCCAUCAUACACUGCUGCACAGGCUGGUACAAAACGAGGGCAGCAACCCAGAGCAGUGCAGCGCAGUUCAACACAUCUUAGCUACAUCUGCAAAACCAGCCCCUUACCUUGUUUUUGGUCCACCUGGCACAGGCAAAACAGUGACUUUAGUGGAAGCCAUUAAGCAGAUAGUGAUGACCAAGGCCUCUUGCAAAAUCCUGGUUUGCGCUCCCAGCAACAGUGCAACUGAUCAUCUCUGUGAGAAGAUAUGUGAGAAGAUAUUUGAGGGAGAGGAAGGAGAGUGCAAGAUUUAUCGCUUGUAUGCCCUUAGUUAUAAGGCUGACAAAACCUCCACAAGAAAGUUUUACUCCAACCUGAACAAAGACAACGUACCAUGUAUAAUUCCCUCAAAAAAAUAUCUGAUGACGUAUAAGAUAAUGGUCACCACUCUGCAGACUGCGGCAAGGCUAGUGACAGGAGCGAUUCCUCCAGGUUUUUACUCGUAUAUCUUUGUGGAUGAGGCAGGCCAGGCGACUGAAACAGAGUGUCUCAUCCCUUUAGCAGGCUUAUUUGACAAAAAGAAAUGCCAGGUAGUGCUGGCCGGAGACCCUAAACAAUUAGGCCCUAUCAUCACAUCAAGGAUUGCCGAUGAAUAUGGCUUAGGUGUGUCCCUGUUGGAGCGUCUGAUGAGGGACAUUGAGCUGUACAAGGCACACAGUACUACAGGGUUCAACAGCCGCUUUGUCACCAAGUUACUGAGGAACUACAGGUCCCAUGCUGCAAUCCUAAAAGUCCCCAAUGAGCUGUUCUAUAAAGGAGAACUUCAGCCGUAUGCUGCUAAAGAUGAAUGCAGCUCAUACUGCGAAUGGGAGCUCCUCCCCAAGAAGGGUUUCCCUCUGAUCUUCCAUGGAGUGGCCGGCACUGAUGAACGUGACGCCAACUGUACUUCUGUUUACAACAUGGCAGAGGUGGAGGUCUUGAAGGAAUACCUGAAAGCCCUUCUUGCCCAUCUUCGCAAAAAGGGUGUGGACAAAGUUGGUGAAAAUGAAAUUGGAAUCAUUGCCCCAUACAGACAACAAGUGGAGAAAAUACAGGAAGCACUUAAGACAGACCAAGAACUCAAGAAGCAAAAGUUGGAUAACAUAUUGGUUGGAACAGUGGAGGCGUUUCAGGGUAAAGAGUCCCAAGUGAUUCUUGUGUCUACAGUGCGCAGCAAUCUCAAAAUGACUGAAGAAGACCAGAGAUUCACUUUAGGCUUUGUCAAAAACGAAAAGAGAUUCAACGUGGCCAUGACCCGAGCACGAGCCUUACUGAUUGUCAUUGGAGACCCAAGAGCUUUGAGAACUGUUACGAUAUGGAACAAAUUCAUCCAUUACUGCCACAAAGAAGGGGGUUACAGAGGCAUCACACUGUCUGAUGCAGAAGAGAAAGUAACACCGUCUGACCAAGACUCACCAAGUACCAGUGAGGAGUAGUCAGAGGAUGGACAGAGCUAACACCAGCAACAGUCAUCUUUGACUCACACAAGAAACACCAGAGGUGAUAAUAAAGAACUCAUGACUAUGAAGCGUA